AGGCUACAAUGUAGUUUCAGAUGUUUUACUUUUUUUAGCAAGAGAAAUUUUGGUAUUUUUGUGAAGAAACUGAUAGAUAGCCUUACUUCGAGUGCAAGCGACAUGGCGGAAGAAGAACCUAGUGCAAUGACCAUUGGUGAUUCGUCCCAGAGGGAUGCUCUGGCGGAAGGGAUACUGGGCUUGCUGAGGCCUGCAGUGGCCGAGAUGGACACGCGAGUAGCAACAGUUCGCGAAAGCCAGCAGGAGCUAAGAUCAUACAUUGAUACUUUAGCUGAAGAACUGAAGCAGCUGUCUGCAAUGCAAGCGUUACCUGUAGACCUCGAGCCGUAUGUCAAAAAACUGGCGAACGCCAGGAGGCGCGUUGCACUUAUCGUCAGUCUCAUGCAGACAGUGCAGGACCGCCUUACCCGUGUCCAGCAGGGUGUUGCUAAGGAAACAUCGCGUCGAAAAGCGCUCGCCGCAGUACAGCCUUCGUAACAUCUUUUUGGCGUAUUCUAAGUGAAGAAUCUCCUUUUGCAAAGAACUACCCCUCCCCAUUGUACAGAUUUUGAUUUUCUUCCCUUUCUUUGCACACGAGUAGUCUUGAUGAUUCACAUUCCACAGUCAAAAUCAACUGAGAACGUUUUGAACAAACAUACUCAUCAAAAAUGAAAUGAAACAGUAUGAAACGCUAUAAAUAUGCUGAAAUCACGCUUCCUAUUCAAUUUAUGAAACACAUUGUGGCAGGCCAUGCAGUUUUUCCACUAGCUUAAAUCAAUUCACUAAGGACAAGUAAAUGUGGUAUGUCAUGCAGGCAUGAUCAUAUUGUACACGAAGCAAGACUACAAAAUGGCCAAAACAUGGCACAUACACACACACACACACACACACACACACACACACACACACAACACACACACACACACACACACACACGUAUGCUGACUUCUUCAUUCCGUAUUCCGCUUUUGUGUUACUUGCAUAGCAUUGAUUUCUAUCAUACAAUAGCAGGGUUGUGAUAGCACUUCAAGUACCACCGUUAA